AGGUACCUAAAUUUCUUCAGCAAUAUAAUAUAAUAUAUAUGUAUAUACAUGAUCACAAACUGUAUCACGUAACUCGGUAACUAUAUUAUAGUGUCCGUUUUUCCCAACAAGGUCGCCGCCACCACCGCCACCGCUACAGUCACCACCACCAUAAUCACUUUCUUCUCCCUCUAGUCCCUCGCAAAAUCUUCGUAUAAAAUACGAAUUGCCCACCGUCACCCAUCCAAUAUCCAUUUGUAGUCACCAUGUCGGGAUCGAAAAUCACCGGAUUCUCUCUGCCGUCCAAAAUCGUUUGAUGGUUUUUUCGUUGUUUUUUUCAUUCAUUUUCAUUCUUGUUUGCAUUGCGCUCACCGUUUGUCCAGUGUCGUAACGAUAACAAUAAAAUUAAAGUAGGUACAAUACGUGUACCGUUAUUCUGUAAUUUUAUGGUUGUUUGAUUUUCGUUUUGUUUUUGCGCCUACGAAGUUAAAAUAGACUUAAUGUGAACCAAGGAUAACCUAAAGGAUUCUUGAUAGUAAUUUGGAUUAGACGAUUACAAUGAAGGCGUAUUUGUUGGCAACGGCAUGUGCGGUCUUCUUGAACAUGGCUUUAGCUGUUUUGCCGAACAAACGUGAUGCAUCAUCAUAUUCUCAAUUACUUCAAACUCCCUUUCAAAGUCAACCAACGGUUAGCAUAUCAUCAAUGUAUAGUCCGUCUAGUACAUCUGGAAAUGGACAAUCUUUUGAUUUUGACAAUUUUAACACACAAGACAUCCAAGGUGAUUCUUCCCAAGCACAGUUCCAAUCUUUACAGAACUUUGGACAGCCUCAACAAAAAUCUCAACAAGAUUAUAAUAACCAACCACAACUACAACAGGUGUAUGCCUCAUCACAACCUCAACCACAGCAAAGCUAUAGUGCUCAAAUACAAAGGAUAAUACAAGGGUAUAGUACUCCACAACAACCACAACAACCACAACAACCACAACAACAGCCACAACAGUCACAACAGCGACCCCAACAAGGUUACUUACCACCACAACAACAGCAACCAUCAACACAACCACAACCAAGCUAUGUAACACCAACACAACAACAGCAACCUUCAUCACAACCCCAACCAAGCUAUGGAGCACCAACACAACCACAGCCACAACAAUCAAUACCACAAACUCAGCCAAGUUAUGGACCUCCGCCACAACAACAUGUUACCAUUUUUUGUACUGGUGGAAACGUAUGUAUUUUGAUUUUUGCCCCAGUUAAAUUUUACCCCGGUGGGGAUACAGGUUACAGUCCAACUCAAAUUCAGAUUACUCAGGUGCAAUUCAAACCACAACAGACAUCAGCGGCGGCAGGAGGGUACAAUUAUAACCCCCCGUCAAUACCGUUCGCAACACCGGCCUCACAGGCCAAUCCCCAGUCACAAUUCCCAUACAGCGGGCCGACGCAAUCGCCUUUGCCAACGUUUACGACGUCUUCGCCAACGCAAACUUACAGCGCGUCUGCGAUCUCGCCUUCGAUAGUGUCACCGAACGGACGGAACUUGAACUACCAGUCGUCGCAGCAUAACGCACAAUCGAACGGGUCGCCGUCACAGCCUUCCAGUAGCUAUUUGACGCCGAAACCGGGCCAGUCUAGCACACAUACCCAAUCAGCGGGCUACGGGUCGCAAACACAACAGCCGACGCAAAUACGAUUUGAUGAAUUUGCGGCUCCGCAGUCCGAAUCACAGCCGCAACCUGUGUACGGCUGAGUAAAUUCUGACUGGUAUCACGAAUGGUAGUGUGCGUACAUGGAUGGAGUUCACCAUCUAGUCUACCAAAUCAAUGUCACUAGACUGUUUAAAGGAAUAAUUUUUAUCAGCCAUAAAAAAAAAAAAUGUUACAUAUUUAUAGCGUUUAAUAAAAUUAAGUAGUUUGUGAUGUUCCGCAAUUUUUAAUCAACGCAUUACAAUAAGAACAUCGGCUUUUAACAUGACAUAAAUUGUAUUAUACUACUUAUAACUACAUAUCGAUUAGACAAUUUCAUUGUAAAUACAUUUUACUUUAGUAUUUCAUUCUAUUAUAAUUAUAAUAUUAUAUAACAACUUUUUUUUUUGCUUGUAAAUAGUACGCUAAACCGUCUGUUUAAGGAUAUACAUUAUACAUAGUAUUAUAUAAUAAUAUAUAUUUAAGUAUGUAUGAUUAUUUUGUAUAUUUUUCACUAAAAAAA